AACGCAUAAUUGUUGAAUUGAUUCUGUGGUGGAGCAUUGCACGCGGCGGUUUAACCUCCGUUCGCUCCCGACAGAAUCCCUUGUAUUCGUCCUCAAAAGUUUGAUAUCGGUUUCCACUGUGUGGACUUAGUGUUUUUAGUGUUCAGUGCAUGUUUUAAAGUGAUAAUCGUCGUCGGCCCCGUCGUUUUUCCCCGUUCACGCCGGUAUGGAGGCCGGAUGGACCCGGAUGGUCCGUGGUGGAAGCGGGGGGAAGCCGAUUUUUUUGGUAUCGGUCAGAAUCGUUUUUUGCUAGCUGAGCAAAUUAUUGGUUAUUUUUCUUCUUUGGACGUGGUGGUCAUUGACCAGAAGCGAAAAUCCUCGACGGAAGUCGGCAAUGGGCGAAUGAUCCUAGCAGUCGAGCCCAACAUUUUUUUGUGAAACGCAUAAUUGAAUUGAAUUGAAUGUAAACAAAUAUUUAGGUCAUGUUCUUCAAUAUUUGCUUUAAACGGCAUAAUAAUAUAAGACACAAGCCACAAAUUUUAAGACCCUGUAAUUAAUAUUUUUAGGUAAUCAGUAUGUUGCGGAUUGCAUUAAAUAGAAAUCCAGUUGGUUAAAUAGUAGAAAAUUCUCGGAAAAUGCAUACAACCAAACAAAAUGAUUACAUAAAUAAACAAAAUUCUCAUUUUUAUUUGGGGCUGUGUCUGGCUGUUAGCUCUACAGUUUUUAUUGGAUCGAGUUUUAUCAUAAAGAAAAUUUCAUUAAAAAGAUUGUUUCAUGCUGGAGGACUAAGGGCAAGUGCAGGGGGAUAUGGAUAUCUAAAAGAUUGGUUAUGGUGGUUGGGACUGGCAACUAUGGGUGUUGGUGAGUUAGCAAACUUUGCAGCAUAUGCAUUUGCUCCAGCAUCAUUGGUAACUCCUUUAGGAGCUCUAAGUAUUUUGGUAUCAGCGGUUCUGGCUUCAAAAUAUUUGGAAGAAAAACUCACAUGCGCGGGGAAGACUGGGUGCAUUUUAUGCAUUUUGGGAUCGGUUUUGAUAGUAGUCAAUUCUCCCAAACAGGAAGAUUCGCAAUCUGUCGAUGAACUUAUGCAAAGGAUUUGGGGCACUGCUUUCCUGAACUAUAUUUUGGUGGUUUCUAGUUGUUCAGUGAUAUGUUGUGCACUUAUUCCAAAAUAUGGCAGUCGAAAUGUAGUACUUUAUGUCACGAUAUGCUCUGCCUUUGGCAGUUUAACUGUGAUGGCGUGCAAAGCCCUAGGAUUAACAUUGAAAAACCUAGUUUCUGAGUCGACAUCUGGGAAUGCAGCGUGGAUGUUGAUAUUUUUACUCCUGUCUAUCACAGUAUGCAUAUUAGUGCAAAUGAACUAUUUAAAUAGAGCUCUGGAUGUGUUUGAUACUAGCUUAGUCACACCUGUUUACUAUGUAAUUUUUACUCUGCUUGUACUCGUGGCGUCUUCAAUUUUGUUUAAAGAGUGGACGACUAUGAGCAGGACAAACGUUUUAGGUUUGCUCAGUGGAUUUUGCUUAAGUGUGGUGUCAUUAUUUCUUCUUAGUUAUUUUAAAGGACCUAAUUGUUAUGAACUGGUGAAAAACAGUGCGCGAGUUAAUGAUUAUAAUCUGUAGUAAUUGUUGUAAAUUGUGAUAUUAGGUGUUGAAUUAUGUUUAUGUUCAUUCAAAUGUUUAAUUGAAAAAUAUUUGAAAAAUUUAGUAAUAAUGUCAGCUACUGGGUAGUUUUUGCCCUUCAAAGGUAUUGCAAAAAGUAAUAAGGAUCAAUAUAAAAUUUUAUUUUGAUUUGAUAUAUUUGACGUCCUAAAUUAUAAAUUAGUGUUUUAUUUUGGAAAAUAGGGAUAGUUAGACUUAUAAACAAAACGGCUACUGGAUAAUUUUAUGUUCCUAAAAGUUAUUGCAAAAAAAGUACCGAUUUAUCAACAACCGACGCACGAGGAAAGUAGGGAUAGUUAGACAGACAUUAAUAACAUCAUGUGAAGUUGAAGUGCUUUCUAAAGUUUUACUUUAAUUUACGUUGGGAUAAAGAUCUUGAGAUGCGGUUUGCACUUGGUUGUUUUUUUGACUAUAACGUGGUAUAUAAAGAAAGGGACGCUCUUUUAAAAGAGAUCUAAACUACUCCUCCCCCCACCCUUCGAUCAGCAGAUAGUCAAAAGGGCAACCAUCUUAGAAAACUUUUUUGUUUUUUUUUUUACUUUAAAUAUUUUGAAUAGUCCUUAUGUAUUUUACAGUAAAAUUUACUGAUAUAAAAUGUCAAAUAUGUUGUUUGUAUUUUUAUUGUAAGAAUCAUAGUUAUGGUGUCUUACUAAUUAUAUUUAAUUUAAACUUGACAGUUUGAUGUUUGACGAGGC